AUGUCACAAAUACAACAAAGGUCUGAUUCCAUGUCCCAUGUUUGGAGAUGCGAGAGUGGAGUACCUAUAUACCCUCUAACAUAUGAUUGCACCCCCCGGUCGCUUCCCGUCAAGUUGGCCAAUGAAAGAUACAGAUUGGUGGGUGGCUUAGGAAGCGGUAGCUUUGGCUCGGUGAUGAUGGCCAAAGUUAGAAGAAGCGCCCUAAAAAUUAUCAAAGAAGAAAUGAGUCUGUCGCAUGACACUUUACUUGAACCAAUUAAGGAAAGCGGUAAAACCUCAUACGAUUUGGUAGCCAUCAAGAUACUGAACCGGAAACUAACAAAUUUGCAAGACUACAGCAAAGUCAAAGAGGUAAAGUUCAUUCUCUCGGUGACUUCUCAUCAGAAUUUGGUGCAAGUCUAUGAUCUAUUCGUGGAUAAAGCUUCGUUCAAGUUGCAUAUAGUCAUGGAAGCUUUGGAUCAAAAUCUUUACCAGCUUCUGAAGGCCAGAAAAGGUAGUCUAUUUUCUUCUGGAACGUUGAAAAGUAUUCUUUCUCAAAUAUUGGCUGCAAUACGUCACAUUCAUCGCUGUCAUUUCUUCCAUAGAGAUGUCAAGCCAGAAAAUAUUCUUGUCAUGCCUACCGUAUCCUUCUAUGGCUCAAAAGAGAGCGUUCCACCUCUCAUGAGAAAGGAUAGUUAUGUUGUGAAGCUCGCAGAUUACGGCCUAGCCAGGCAUAUAAGUAACACCAAACCUUUUACUGCAUAUGUCUCCACUCGUUGGUACAGAUCUCCAGAAAUCCUUCUCAGAAACAAGAGUUACUCCUUUCCAGUAGAUAUUUGGGCCUUUGGCUGCGUCGCGGUAGAGGCUGCAACUUUCACCCCACUUCUUCCAGGGCAAAACGAAUUGGAUCAAACCUGGAAAGUGUUGGAGUUGCUCGGAUAUCCAGAAAAGACAUCCUCCGAUGAUUUAGACCUUCUCGUCACACCUCCUCUUGGUGGAUAUUGGGAGGAUGCCCAACUAUUGGCUUCAAAUCUAGGCUUCUGCCUACCAAAAUUACCGGGAAGCACCAUUCAUAAUGUCCUCCCUCGAAAAGAUAUUGAGAGAUCAGAACGUCACGAACUUUAUAAAGUCAUUCAAUCAUGCUUGCUUUGGGAUCCAAAGCUGAGAGGUAUUGCUGAAAAGCUUGCGCAGAGUUCAUAUUUCGACUGUACCGUUCUCCGGACAGAAGAUGCGAAAUUGAAUAAGGUGAGAAGGGAUUUCCAGAACUCUUUGACAAAUUUGGAAGUCAAAUUCGAUAAUGAAGAAUCAACGAAGAUUCCACUACCAGAAGUGACUUCAGAUACCAUCUUUAAUGAUGAAAAUAAGCAGGAACCAUCCGAGGUCUGGCAGACCAAGCUCAAAAGGCUGCCUCAUAUCACUAUGGACAUGUUUCGUAUUUUUAAACAAAAGAGCGAAUCGUCCAACGACGUACAAAGGAGCAUUAGCACAGAAGAAGAAAGUGUUCCUUCGUUAGAAGAAGAGCCUUAUGAAGAAUUUCAAGGCAGAUCGGAAGAAACUGGUUACUUCGAUCUUGGUAUCAAUAGUUCCCUGAAAUCUCGAUUAUCGGAAGCUCUUGAAUUCGAGAACACGGAUGGAGAAAGAUUGGCUACGACGCCAAUAGAGAAGAUUUCGCCAGAGGAUUCAGCAAUUUUGAGGGAGAAGCAUCACUUGUCUAACAGGAACGAAUCACAAUUACCCACUGUGGAUAUCUCUUCGUACAACAACGAGCAUGACAUAAUAAAAGGAUCAAGAAACCAAAACUUGAUUGAUACCCUUUCCUACAGCUAUGACCAGAACUUGAAUGAAUACGAAAACAGUUUCUAUGACUGGACGACAACCCAGUAA